AUGUACUUCACUGAACUGGGCAGCUGGGCUGGGCAACCUGCGCCUGUAGUUAGAGGGAGGCAAGAGUGGUCGGGACUACAAGGGCCUGGGCAGGAGUGGAGGACAAGAGAGGGUCAAAGUGGAAAUGGACAGGAGCCUGAAGGCAAGGACUUCCCUACCAAUGGCUCAUCUCUCGCCUUGUUAGCUCUGUCGAUCCCUCCCAUAUUCUCUGCCCUCAAUGAGCAGAAGACCGGAUUACGCUGCCAAGGCCGCUCAAAAUCCCAUCCUCAUCCCUUGAAAAUCCCAUCUCACUCUAGAUAUCGUGUACUCUACGUUGCAGUAUGUACCAAUUUGUGCCCCUCCCCGGUCUCUUUGCCCUGGAGUGUUGGGUGUGUUCUGCCCACUCCAUCGAACGAGCUGAUGGCCUUGGGUCCAGUGUAUUCUGUAGAAAUAGUUGUUGGACCGAAAACGUCUUAA